CACCAUCAUACUUCCGGGCAGGACUGUGGAUGCCUGAUGUCGGCAGCCAUCUUGGAGGCUGGCAGUCGCGGCGCUGAAGGCAGCGACUCGAGUUUUUACCUCCCCCGGUUCACAGAGAAGCUCGUUGGUGUGAGGAGGACAGAGGCCUUGACUGGCGUCGGUAGUGGCUGCUUCUCGGGGUUCGGUAAAGUCCCUGCGCGCGGUUGACGAGGGCCCGUCUCGCACCCCACCCCACGCAUCCUCCUCCCGAAUAGGCGGAUAGGGACCUCCUUGUAUAUGGUGAAGAAAUCUUGAAGACCAGAUAUUGAAUCAUUGUGUUUUAAUUUUAAAAAAAAAUUAAAUUGUCCGGCUGUAGAAGAUGGAUCUUCUUCUUUGCAGCCACUUUGAAACACAAGUUCAUCUUUAAAUGAACUGUUUAUUUUGAAGAGGCAAUUAACCUUCACUGUCUCCAGUCAUCCCGAAUAUUCAAAUGGACUUGCUUUCUCCGGUAGUUGUAAUUCACCCUUUGACUGAAUUUUGAAUAAGGAUGAGCUAUGUUUCCUUGGCAAUGUGAGGAAGACAAGUCUUUCUACCCCAUUAUGAUCAUUUCAUGGAUUGAGUGUUGAUUCGGCCUACAGGAAAAAAAUAACUGGAAGUCUUUGAAGACGGAGUUACUUGCUGAACUUAUCCAGACCAUAUUUUAAAGAUACCGUUACAUCCAACCUGUAGAAGAUAGUGCUAACCAAGUUGUGAACAGCCCCUCACUGAGAGAAGUCAAACUGUAUUCGGCCAUCAGCCUCUCCACCAAAACUUGCAGUAAAGAUUGAGCUCAGCAUGACUAACCAAGGAGAUGAUUGUUACUUUUAUUUCUACUCCACGUGUACCAAGGGGGACAGUUGCCCCUUCCGUCACUGUGAAGCUGCCCUGGGGAAUGAAACUGUCUGUACACUCUGGCAAGAGGGGCGAUGCUUCAGGAAUGUCUGCCGGUUUAGGCACAUGGAGAUUGAUAAAAAACGCAGUGAGAUUCCAUGCUAUUGGGAGAAUCAGCCAGUAGGCUGUCAGAAGCUGAACUGUGCAUUCCACCACAACAAGGGACGAUUUGUUGAUGGGCUUUUCUUACCUCCAAGCAAGACUGUUCUUCCAAAUGUGACUGAGUCUGUAGAAGAGGAGAUGAAGGCAACACAGAUCUCACUGCAGCAGAAUAAGCUUUCUGUCCAGUCCAAUCCAUCCCCGCAGCUGCGUGGGGUGAUGAAGGUGGAAAACUCUGAAAACGUUCCUAGCCCUACACAUCCACCGGUUGUAAUCAAUGCUGCAGAUGAUGAUGAAGAUGAUGAUGAUCAAUUGUCUGAAGAAGGUGAUGAAUCUAAAAUGCCUGUGCAGCAACCCUCUGCAGAGGUUCCUAAUGGAUUGAGGAUAGUUGCUUCCCGAAAAUCGGCUAUUUCCACAAAACAAGAUAAAAGUGAUAAUCUGAAUUUUGGAAUCAAAACUCUUGAAGAAAUCAAGUCAAAGAAAAUUAAAGAAAAAUCAAAGAAGCAAGACAACCCUUCUGAAGUUGCUAUCCAAGCCCAGGCCCAGCCAGGCCCGGAGAAAGAGAAUGUGCGCACUGUGGUCAGAACCGUCACUCUAUCUUCAAAACAAGGUGAAGAGCCUCGGAUUCACUUGACUCUUGCAGAGAGACUGGGCAAACGGAAGCCUCCUAUAGUUGCUGAGAGUGGUCUUCUGUUAAAACGCAGCCUUGCUGAGAGACUGGGAAAGAAAGUAGACUCCCUGGAGAACACAGACAAAACACCAAAGAGAGUACAAGUUCCCCGGUCUCUUAAAGAGAGACUAGGGUUACCCGCUGAGCAGAACAACAUGGAAAUAGACAAUGCUGCAAAACCAACAGGUGAAAUCCAUGUGAAAACGCUUGAAGAAAUCCGUUUGGAGAAAGCUAGUCAAAGAAGGGCAGAAACUCAGCCCAAACCCAAGGUUGAAGUGUCUUCUACCAUAGAGGAUCCCAGUCCAAUGGCAAAGCUCUCCCCUGUGAUCAGAGUCAAAACUUUUUCUGAAGUCCUGGCUGAGAAGAAACGGAGGCAAUUGGAAGAAGAACGGAUAAAAACUGCAAAAGAGAGCCUUCCCAAGCCAAAGCAUGGGAGUGAACCCCAGAAGAAAGGCUCUCUGGUUCCAGCUAUAUCUAGCAAAAGAAAACUGGAGGAGCCUUCUGGCAAAGCCAAGGCCUUUGGAGAGGUGCGCAUCAAAACACUGGAGGAAAUUAAGCAGGAGAAAGCCCUUCGAAUGCAGCAGAGUGGAGAGAACACCUCAAGGACACAGACCCAAUCUGAGCAAACUCAGGUUGGAAGGAGAAUCUUGUGCAUUACAAAGCCAACAGCCCCUGCAAAGGAAGAAAAAAAACUAAUAGAGCUGAAGUCUUCUGUCAGAACUUCCUCAACAGAUGCCACAACAAAGCCUUUGGAUGAUAGUGCAAGCAAUUCACACUCUAAAGUAUACGUGAAGAGCUUAGAAGAGAUAAGAAAGGAGAAAGAGUGGCUAAAACAACAGCAAGAGAGGAGGCCCCAAAAGGAAGAAGUGACUGUGCCCCCUGCUGGGGAAGUGACAUCACAAGGAAAGGCCCCAGUGAACGCAAAUCCUGAAUUGCCAGUGGCAGCAGGGAAAGCCCGUCUACUUACAAAGAGAUUGUUGGUGAAAUCCCAGGAGACAGUGCCAGGGAAUGCGGGGUCAGAGGAUUUGGGACUUGCUACUCGGCCUGUGGAACGAAAAGCUAAAGCUAAACCCAAGGUGAAUGUGAAACCAUCUGGAGUGAAGCCCAUGUCUGCAACAAAGCAGGCACUGAAGCGCAAGGCACCAGAGAGUCAUCCAUCUGCUAUUGCAGCAGUGAAGCCUCUGAGCCCCAUCCCAAGCACAGACAUAAAGAAUCUCCCAUCUGAAAAUACAGUUCUGGUAAGUGCUCCAAGCCUUCCAGAAGACACUGUAGCCCCUGUUCCUGAGAGAGAGUGUUCUAACAGUUCUGAGCUGCGUAUGGAUAGCCAAGUAGCCACCACAAUGCAGGCAGAGAUAACAAACCCAACCUCUUCCAAUGCAGCAGUGAAGUCACGGAGACUGAGCUCAACGGGAGCUGGGAAAACACCCUCAUCAGUUGAAGAUGAUUUUGAGAAGCUGAUCUGGGAGAUCUCAGGAGGCAAACUGGAAGCUGAGAUUGAUCUAGAUCCAGGCAAAGAUGAGGAUGAUCUCCUGCUUGAACUUUCUGAAAUGAUUGACAGCUGAUUCUUGCAUAUAGUUAUUCUUUUGAAAAUAAAAUUAAAGUUGUAAAUUUGAUUAGAUAACCAAGAUUACCCCUUCCUCACUAAGGAGUUAUGACAAGUCUUAAAGCACACGUGAAUUGGUUGAAAAAAUUGGCUGCAUUAGAUCAUCCUGAACUACCCUGCUGGUCAGAGAUACAUCCCCAUGUGACCAUCCUGUUAUCAUGCCCACCUUACUUUGAGAACAAAACUGCAAAUUUCAACAUGGGAAGGCCAUUUAUAAUCUCUCCUAAAGUCUACUUGCUCUGCCAACUUGGUGAUCUUCAUGAAGAUAUUUACUGAACUGUCAGUGAAAUCAUGAACCUCUUAAUAUGGCUUGUUUUCCAGCCAUGCAUGGAAAGAUUCAUGUUCAUGAGUUUCAGAGCUUCCUCUUGCUUUGUGACUUUGAGGAUAAUUUCUAUAUUAAUUCUGGAGUUACUAUGUCAACUCUUAAUUAUGCAAUUAUUUUUUAUUUGAUUCUAGGUCAACAGUACCUUUUAAAAUAUAAGGAAGUAAAUAAUCCUGGACCAAACAUGCUGCCACAGUGUAGGUCGGGCUUUAAUCCCUCUUUAUUGAAGAUGCAGCAUAUUCAAAGAAGAUACUGAACGGCAUGUUUUUGUCCUCCCUCCACCCCUAUCAUUCUGUACCAACCUGAGUGGUUUCACUAGCAUAAAUAAAUUUAUGAGGCAAAUGAUAAACAUUCUUCAUUUAGCAAACUUUUUUUUAAACUUCCCAUAAAGGGUAUGCAAAGUUAUUCUCAGGUUCUCUUCCCUUUUGCCUACUUUAAAAACAUGGUGACCCACUCUGCUGGCAUUGCAUGGGUCAACUUAAGCAAAGCUUUGGAAUGCUGUCCUCUUGCAGGUAAGGCUGCUGGAGGGCUUGUUUCUGCGUAUGCAACCACUUCUGCCAAAUCUGUACAGUUCUCAGUUGCCCAUCUGUGAACAUUUCUUGGCAUCCAUCUUCAGCACUCAAGAACUGCACUUCUAAUUUGCAUUUGAGGGUUGUUUUUAUUGUCUGCAGUGCACCUUGGGCAAUGUGGGUGUAUUGUGUACCCUACCAUUCUUGUUAAUUGUUACCUCCAUAUUUUGUAUAAUCACAUUUUUCAUUAUUGCUACUGCUACUUUUUAAAUUCAAUCCUGCUUAAACCUAUGUAUAGGAAUGGUGCAGGAUAUGUUUCUGAUUGUGUUCCUAGCCAGGAAAAAUUGAUUCUAUUGUAAAUAUGUUCCAUUGGAGGGGGGGGCAGAGUAUACCUCUGCAAAUUCACCGUUAAGCUUUGGCUGUAGAGGGAAAGUUGAAAAGAGACUUGGUUUUAAAAUGUAUUUAAGAUGUCUGCCCUGAAGGAAUUACUUCGUCUAGAUAUUACUCCAAAGAAGUUAGAAACAAUGAUCCUUGACUAAGGACUUCUCACAAUAGAACUUCUGGAUGAUUGUGUAUGAAAGUAAAUGACAAACAUUUGAGACUGUGAAAGACUUUUUCUAUGUCAUUUGCAGUAGUUCCUGUUUGCUUAAGAAGAAUGUUCUGUUUCUGUUGGUUUUUUCACUUCUCUCUAAAUGAGAUUCCUCUUACUUUAUGUAUUCUCAUUAUUUCUGUACAUUUUAAUAUUUUUGUUUUCUAUUUAAAGCACUGUAUCUGAAUCAGACAUGUUUACCAUUACUUUAAACAGUUCUUCAAGACAGAAGUAUUUGUGUGUUAAAUAAAAAUACUGUAAGAAA